AUGGUCUACUUGAUCUGCCUGCAGUUGGGGCUCGUGCUGCAUUUGGGGCCACGUGGGGGCCGGGGCCUCUCCAUUUCCAUGGGAACAGUCUUCCGGGGCAUCCAAUCCCCUGAUGCGGGAAACAGGACUCUGGAGCUCCUCCCCGCUGAGUCUGGCAGCCGGAACUUUGGCUCUGUGCCACGGGCUCCAUCUUGGGGUUCUUUCCUCUCCAGCGGCAGGAGCUUCUGGCAACGUCUCGUGGAGGUGCUCAUUGGGUCGCGGCAUCACCGGAGGGCUUCCCAGUCCAGCCUCUCUGCCCAGCCCCUGCCCUGGCCUGUCUGGCAAAAGGAGCUCUCGUCUCAGGUGCUGGACCCCCGUCUCCAGCAGGUCUUCCGAAACUACCAGGCCAUGAACAAGUACCACGUGCCCCCAGAUGUUGGGAUGCGCCAAGGAGUCCCACGCUUGACUGGGAUGGAGCUCUUGUGCCACCUCAAAGCCCGUGUGGAUGUGAGGACCCUGGUGGAGGAUGAGGGCCCCUUUGCGGCCCCUGAGUGGACUGGAGUGCUGCCCCAGAGGAGCCUGGCCGAGGACAUGGGGCCUCUGGAGAGGUGUGCGGUAGUGAGUUCCGCCGGCUCCAUGUUGGGAUCUGGACUGGGCAAGGAGAUUGACUCCCAUGAUGCUGUUCUUCGCUUCAAUGGAGCGCCGACCAUGGGCUACGAACGUGACGUGGGCACAAAAACCAGCCUCCGCCUUGUGAACUCCCAGCUGAUGGCCUCCCCUGAGCAGCAUUUUCUGGAUGGCCUCCUCUACACCCAGGGAGUCUUAGUGGCUUGGGACCCAGCUCCUUACCCAGGAGACCUGCAGGAGUGGUACGAGGCCCCCGAUUACCCCCUCUUUGGCCCAUUCCGCACCGUGCGCUCCCGCAGACCUUGGCAGCUCUUUCACCUCUUGCACCCACGGUUGCAGUGGCAGCUCUGGGAACUGGUGCAGGAAGGAGCAAGCGAACAGGUGCAGAGGAAUCCUCCUUCCUCGGGGCUGCUUGGGACGGUGCUCAUGAUGUCCCUUUGUGACAUCAUCCACCUAUACGAGUUCCUGCCAUCGCGACGCCAGACUCACCAAUGCCACUAUUACCAGACCUUCUCGGACGACGCCUGCACACUUGGUGCCUAUCACCCAUUGCUUUUUGAGAAGGAACUGGUGCGGCGCAUGAACCAGGGCUCCCAGGAAGACCUAGCACAACGUGGUCGUGUGACACUGCCUGGGUUCCGUGCCCUGAACUGUACGGAGGGUGAGUAA